ACCUAAUGUAGCACAUUGACAGCGAGGCCUCUCCUGCUGCGCCAGCUUCACAUUGGUCUCAUGGUAGAUAGUGUUUUGAGAAUUCUAGAAUAUUAAUCUCAGCCAAUACCAUCACCGCUUAGACUUUGCAGACCACCCCCAUAUCUACUUUUCCACGACAGGCAAUCUGGGACUUUUGUAUGCUUACCUACACGAAUCGGAAACGAUUCCCAAUAAACUUUAUGGUCAUUAGUCUUGGAGAAAUAUACCUAGGUAGGUAGGCAUCAACCCUCUCUCAGCAUCGCAACAACAUGAGAUGCUGCAUAGAUCCGAUGCAUCGAGGUUUGGACGAUCGCCAGGCAACCGAGCCAUGCGCCACACCACUCCCCCUUUUCGCCUAACACUUCCACACCAAUUACACACGGUAUUUUGGUAAGGCAUAAAUUCAGACAUACUCCAUGGCAUAUUUCAGCUUCAAGUUAACGCAAUAGUCGACUAAACACGAACAAUAUAUAUUUACCUUAUCAUAUCGGGAAGCAUUUCUACAUAUUUAUACAAAAAAGAGCUCUUAAUCUGAAACUUCAUAAUCGCAUAACCCCCCCGUGUGAUAUUGAAGAGCAACCAACCCUAAGAGCUAUCCAACCAUGGCCUCACCAACAACCACCAAAUCCCUAUGCUACCGCGAGGCCUCGACCGCAAAGGCCGAGCACAAAAUCGACGAGGACGAGUACUACCACCAUAUCCUCCAGCACCUAGCUGGCGUGACCCACGAGCACAUGGGCGAGAGCUGCACCGGGAACGACAGUAGCCUGCGCGCCCACGACCCCUUCGCCUACGCCGUGCAGACUGUUGCCGCGGAGACGGAGCCCCUGAAAGACGCUGCCCCUUUCGAGCAAAUCUUCAAGACCUACCGCACCGGCACCUUCGAGGACCUCGCCGCGCAGCACAGCCGCCUCUUCCCCCCCUCCUCCUCCUCAGACACCCGCCUCCGCCGCCUCCUCGCCACCCGCUCCCUCCUCGACCGGCGCCCCGACGUGCUCCUCUUCUGCAUCGACCAGGGCCGUUUCCCCCACGACGACCAGUUUAAGGCGGAGGCGCGGGCGGUGCGGGAGGAGGAGGAGGAGGAGGAGACGGCGAAGGUGCUGCGGCGGCUGGAGUUCAUGUGGCCGGCGCCGCGGGACAGGACGGUGGCGGAUGUGGCGGCGAUGUGCGAUGUUGGGGGCCCUUGGGCUGUUGAUUGGUAGGGAGGGUAUCUGAGGAGAGGGGGAAGGGGGUGGUAAUGGAGAGGUGUUAUCUAGGUACCGACCUAGGUAGUUAGUUAGUACCUAUAGAUAUUGGAGGGUGUGAUUUAGGUACCUAACCUGCCAGCUACAUGGGAAUACAUAGGCACUUAUCUAAUUACCUGGUAGCUAUAUCCGUGAAUAUCAGCAAAGGAAAAGGGGAAAUCGUGAAAGGACCUCUACUAAAGAGAGUAGCAGAGAGAGGGAAUGGCACAUGUCAUCAAAAUCUAGGAAAAAAUAAGCUGGCAACUUGACUAACCUAGGUAGGUCAAUCGUCAUAUACCUAGCCACUUACCAAAUGUAUCAAACCAAGCGUAGACUCCCUG